AUGGCACGUACAAAGCAAACUGCUCGUAAAUCAACUGGUGGAAAAGCCCCACGAAAACAGCUCGCCACAAAGGCAGCUCGUAAGAGCGCGCCCGCAACCGGUGGAGUCAAGAAACCUCACCGUUACAGGCCUGGUACAGUCGCUCUUCGUGAGAUCCGUCGUUACCAGAAAUCUACCGAGCUGCUCAUCCGCAAGCUGCCAUUCCAGCGUCUUGUGCGAGAAAUCGCUCAAGACUUCAAGACCGAUCUGCGUUUCCAGAGCUCUGCUGUCAUGGCUCUUCAAGAAGCUAGCGAGGCUUACCUCGUUGGUCUCUUUGAGGACACCAACUUGUGCGCCAUCCAUGCCAAGCGCGUCACCAUCAUGCCCAAGGACAUUCAGUUGGCCCGCCGAAUCCGCGGAGAGCGAGCAUAAGUAAAUUGCUUGCACUACAAAACAAACGGCUCUUUUUGGAGCCACCACAUCAAUAAAAGCAAUGACCAAAAGCAACACAUUUUGUGCUCAACCAUGCUUCGUAUUUCUUUACGUAACAUUAACAGCACACACGAGGAAACAGUAUUUUUUUUUUUUGCUAUUACACAAAGCUUCCCCUCAUUUUUCUUAUAACUAAUCCACAAAGUGGCCACCACAACGAAAGAGUGUUGAGUUUUCUUCACACUGAAAUAAAAAAAAAUCUAUUAGUUUUUAAUAGGAAACUCUGAAGUUAUUAAAGGGUUCAAGUUAAACUAGGAACAAUGAGAUGGAAGUUAAGGGUUUUUAUUUAAUAGGGCAGUCAUGAGAGAAAAAAGAAAAGAAUCACUUCGACCAGGAUAUUAAAGACACUUAUUUAAGGGAAAAGAUUUAGAAAAAAACUGAGGUAGAAGUUUAAGGAUUUUAUUAGCGGAAUCGGCAUAAAAGGACAUUGAUUUCGUGGGAAGUGACAUUUGGCUCGAAAAAUAUAUAUAUAUAGUAUAUAUAACAACGGUGUAAAAGACACAAAUUUUAAUUUGGAUAAAAGGUUACGGAAAGCUGGUAUAUAAGUUGAAAUAAUUUUUAAGUGCAGUUAAAAUUUAUGGAGAUACAUUAUCUGUUUCUAUUAUCUACAUUUAGCGCAGAGUUUAUGCAAAUCACACACCGCUCACUGGUGAUUCUUGCUCAACAAAACUAUUUCAGUUUACUUUUGAUUUUUGCUUUGAGGUGUAUUAAAAGAGAUUUUCAUUUAGCUGAUUUGGCAUCGCAUAAGAAAAGGCAGUAAAGAAACAUAAGCAAAGAAAAACCCUUCAGGUCGAAGAGCGUUUGUGAGAAAUGAGUUGGUGGGUGACAUUCAAGAAGCUCUGACAGCUUUGGAAAGUUUCACUCAGCCACUGUUCAAUCCACUGCUUCAAAAGCUAAUUUAAAUUUAACAUCCUCUAAGAAACGGAAAAGAAAAUGUGCCCUUCUUCAUUCGGAACUGCUGGCAAUCACAAAAGCAGAGUGACCGUUUGUUUGAUGUUCAUCUGAGUACGGUCGUCUCGGUCUUCGAAAUGGAGGCCAAUGAGUUUGUCCUUGUUAUCUUGACAAAAGAGAAUUUAAACCAUACUAAAUGAAGCAAAUUUUGCAAAGUAAUGAUAUAUGGUUGAAGUACAGGAGUUAUAUCAUCUCCCAAAUGUCUUUAAAGAGAAAGAAAGUCGCGAGUGCAAAAGAUAAAGGACUUAAAAGAUCAAAUAGCUAUUAGAUUUUCUGGAGUUAAAGAAUAAAAAGCUAUACAUCUCUACCUUCAAAAGCCUCAAUUCGCAAGUACUAUUGCCAAACAAUUUUUUGAUAAAUUGACGUUCGGUUUUUAAACUUUAGAAGGAAUAACCUACUGUGUUACAUCACUUUAUUCGACGACAUCUUCAGUAAACUAGCACAAAAGCAUCGUGCGCCAUGUUCGAUGUCUGUGUCCUCAGUGGUCCGCAUAGAACUCAUAUACAUCACAGUGCGACCUUCGACUCUUCAGUUCUUUCGUUUCCGAAGGUAUCGUACAAACUUCUUCGUUAUGUCUGAAGCAAAGUCACCGGCUAAAAAAAAGCCAGCUGCGCCUAAAAAGCCAGCUGAGCAUCCACCAUACCUUGAUAUGAUCAAGGCUGCCAUUGUCGCUCUAAAAGAGCGAAAUGGUUCUUCUCGCCAAGCCAUUGAGAAGUACAUAAAAGCCAACUACAAGGUUGGCGAGGUCGGCUCACACUUGAAGAUGGCUCUCAAGAGAGGUGCUGCGAGUGGAAAGUUGAUACACACCAAAGGUGUUGGCGCAUCUGGCUCUUUCAAGGUCGCCAAGGCGGAAAAGAAGGAGAAGAAACCAGCGAAGCCAAAGAAGCCCGCCGCCAAGAAGGCAGCAAAGAAACUAGCGUAUAAAAAACCCGCAGCAAAGAAAGCAGCGGCUAAAAAGAAGCCAGCGAAGAAGACACCAAGUAAAAAACCCAAGAAAUCGGCAGCGAAAAAGCCGGCAGCAAAGAAACCAGCGGCCAAGAAAUCUGCGAAGAAGACACCCACAAAGAAACCUGCCGCCAAAAAGUCCGCCAAGAAAUCUGCCGCCAAAAAGUCUCCAGCUAAGAAGAAGUAA